UCAAGCCGAAGGCUCAGCUGCAGCUAGGCCUUUGAGCUCUGAACAUCAAACGCGCUGUGGGCGAACGCGGCGAACGGUUUUUUUGAAGAGAAGCAGGAUGGCUUCGCUGGCUUGGGGUCUUCCUUCGCUUGGGGCACGGCCGACGGCGCCGACGCCACCCAGGUCUUCAACUCGGCCCUCGAAUUGGCCCCUGCAUUUUUGGGAUCACUUGGAUCACUCAGGGCUUGCAGCUCAACGACAGCUGCGUUGCUUUGUGCUUGGAGCGACGGCGAUAGCAUCAAUGGCAUUGCGAAGAGAAAGACGGGGUCGAGCCCGAAGUCUUAGAUACUGCUGCACAUCCAUGGACCUUGAUGUCCGCAAGCAAGUAGCUAUUGCACUGACUUCAGAGCUCGCUCUCGCUCAUCUUCAAUCCGAAGAAGUGAUCAAAGAGCUCAAAUGUGCUGUCCAAGAGGCGGAGGCCUUUGCCGAGAUAGCCGAUGACGGAGUUCAGCCAGAGAAGUGGGAGGAUGCUGACGUGCUUCUUGUAGGUCCAUCCCGCACGGGCAAAACAACCUUAGCCAGAUUUCUUGCCAAGCUUGGAUUGAGAGCUGCCAACUAUCCAUUGGUGCCUGGGGAGGAGUUGCCUCAAAAUCUCUUUCGAGUGAGGCGUUCCAAGAUCGCAUUGCUGACGACAGAGGCUCAUGCACUUCAAAGCAUCCGUCAGGAUCGUAUGAAGCGCUUGAAAAUAUCUUCUUCAGACUAUGCAGGAUUGACAACAAUACGCCAAGAAUUGAACUGGGUGAAGAUGUUUUACACCAGGAACUUUACGGGCUUCCCUGUGAUAAACACUGCCAAGUUGACCAUCGCAGAGGCUGCUUCCUUGGUGUUAUCCCACAUGUAUGGUGCUCAUGUGCACGCUGACACCACCACGCGACUGGUGAGUUUCAUAUCAAUGUUGACUCAGGGGGCUCCAUAAGUUCGUUGAGGCUCUCGGCAUCAACACAUGUGGCAGCUUUUCAAUACACCAGCAAGUGACCAGCUUGUUUGGUGUACGGAAAGUGAUUGGCAAGGAGACACCGGCUGUGUAGCCGCUUGUCGGGAUCUUGACCGAUCCAUGCAAAAAUCAUGGGAUCGGAGUUGCAUCAAAGUUUCUUAAGUGGGAUCUGCCUGUAGGAAGCCUCAGCCGCAACCUUGAGCUUUUCCUACAUCGGUUGCAAUGGCUGGGGUGGAGUUAUACUGAUU